GACAGGAAUUUCGCCGCUGGAGAGAACGAUUCACGUUUUUCUCACCUUCACACUCUUCGAGUCAUAUUAGAUGGUUUUCGUGGUAUGAAUCUACGAACUUGGAGACGUGCUCCUUUACUAGACGCCUUCUCAUUCUCCACGAGCGAAGAAGUCACAGUGGUGGUAGAGUUGCACCUCAAUAAUGAUCACAAUUCGGCAAUGUCCAACAGUCAACGGGAUAUUGAGGUGGAUAUUAAGCAACAACCCAGUGUCAUGGUCCAGGGCUACAGAGUUUCGUGGAACCUGGACCGUACCUUCCUGUUGCUAUCAUUGAUCAUAACUUGUUAUCUGGAAAUCCUGAUCAUUUUGCUAUUGGGUUGUCAUGGGUUUCAUAGGUGAAGUCGGGUUAAGUGGGUUGAUUUCUUCCCUUUUCACAUUAUUAGUUAGUGUUACCUGUGAAGUGCAAGAACACUACGUUAGAAGUAGAAACAAUGUGCAUAAGUUAUUCUGGCCUUUCGGCGUUUCUUCGAUGGUUAUGAAUUGUGAUCUUACGACAGAAUGCAUGGUCGAAAUUAUCCUUGC